GUCCCUCACCCCGACCUGCGUCCUCUUCCCGCCCCCUCCUCCCGCUCUGGCGCAUCAGGACCCUUUCCAGAAGUGGAACCGAGGGACGCCCAUUGUGGGGGAGUUGGCGAGCACCCACGUGACAGACAGACCCCGGGGCGUCCCAGGUUUGCAGGGAACAUGGGCAUGCUCAGGGCAGGGCUGUGCCCCGGCCUCACCGAGGAAAUCGUCCAGCUUCUGAAAGGCCGAAGGAUCAAGACAGUGGCGGACCUGGCAGCUGCUAACCUGGAGGAGGUAGCCCAGAAGUGUGGCUUGUCCUACAAGGCCCUGGUUGCCCUCAGGAGGGUGUUGCUGGCACAGUUCUCGGCUUUCCCAUUAAAUGGCGCGGACCUCUAUGAGGAACUGAAGACUUCCACUGCUAUCCUGUCCACCGGCAUUGGAAGCCUGGACAGACUACUUGAUGCUGGCCUCUAUACAGGGGAGGUGACUGAACUUGUAGGAGGCCCAGGUAGCGGAAAAACCCAGGUAUGUCUCUGUGUGGCUGCAAAUGUGGCCCACAGCCUGCAGCAGAAUGUACUGUAUGUUGAUUCCAAUGGAGGGAUGACAGCGUCCCGCCUCCUCCAGCUACUACAGGCUAGAACCCAAGAUGAGGAGAAACAGGCAGGUGCUCUCCAGAGGAUACAGGUGGUGCAUGCAUUUGACAUCUUCCAGAUGCUGGAUAUGCUGCAGGACCUUCGGGGCACCAUGGCCCAGCAGGCAACGGCUUCUUCAGGCACUGUGAAGGUCGUGAUUGUGGAUUCUGUCACUGCAGUGGUUGCCCCACUUCUGGGAGGUCAACAGAGGGAAGGCCUGGCCUUAAUGAUGCAGCUGGCCCGAGAGCUCAAGAUCCUGGCCCGGGAGCUGGGUGUGGCAGUGAUGGUGACCAACCACUUGACCCGAGACCGAGAUAGUAGGAGAGUCAAACCUGCUCUGGGACGCUCCUGGAGCUUUGUGCCCAGUACCCGGAUUCUCUUGGAUGUCAUUGAAGGGGCUGGAACAUCAGGUAGCGGCCAACGCGUGGUGUGUCUGACCAAGUCUCCCCGCCAGCCAACAGGUCUGCAGGAGGUGAUAGACAUUGGGACAUUGGGGACUGAGGAGCAGAGCCCGGAAUUGCCUGCCAAACAGACGUGACACUGUUGACUGGGAAAGAAACAGCUCCCAGGCCCUUACAGCAUUCCUUCUCAGUCAGCUGCUGUCCACUGCCACAGGGGACCGGGCAGUGUAGACGUCUCAGGCUUGUCGGAAGCCAAGCCUCAGCUUCCUCAGCCUCACUCUGUGGGAUCUCAUGGAACCACUGGCCAGAGGAUGCUGCCGUGGGGAGGCGUGGAGUGGGGAGGAGGACCUAGAAGUCCAUCGUAGUCCAUCGCGGCCUCAAGUUUUCUACCUUUGCGUCCGCCAUAUGUUUCCAGUGGAGGUUGAGGUCAACCUAGCUUGGGACAUCAAACACAGUAAUGACUGGAUGAAUAGCUUCUUGGCCCUGUGUGUCACUAUCCCUCACACAGUAAUUGAUCUGGGAAGCUUUCGCUCCACCCAUUCCCAUUUAUUUUGGCCUCAGUUUUCCCACCUGCAAGAUGGGACUUCCUUUGUCUGAGUUACUCAGUAGGAACAACCUCAGAAAUGUAAAGCUCUUUAUGUAUGCCCUGCUCUUAAAAAUACAUAAUACUGGCCGGUGGUGGCGCACACCUAUAAUCCCAGCACUAGGGAGGCAGAGCCAGGUGGAUCUCUGUGAGUUUGAGGCCAGCCUGGUCUACAGAGUGAGAUCCCGGACAGGCACCAAAACUACCCAGAGAAACUCUGUCUCGAAAAACCAAAUAAAAUAAAAUUAAAUUAAAAUUAAAAUAUUAAAAAAAAGUAAAAAGGAAGUCCUCUGAACCCUAGAGCCACCAGAUUUUCCCCCAAGAAGGUUGUUUUUCCAUUCCUGUAGUGGGAUUCCCAGAGAAUGAGAGUUCUUCCCUGCUUGCUGACUGGGUUUCACACACCUGCAUGCACCACUCUGAUAGGUGAGAACUUGAGCUCACUGCUGUCCCAGGGAUAUAAUUUACCAGAGAGGAAGGAUGUGACCUGCUUCCAGUGAACCAGACACUUGUUUCAUAUGCAUGGUGCCCUGUGGGGGCUCUUCCUCAGUCUAGAGUAACCAGAGGUGCUGAACCAUGGCCUAACCCAUAAACAGACAGAGGAGAAUUUGCACAGUAAAUAGAACCAGCUGGGAAAAUUGAUGCUGGCAUAAAUAAUACAUGGCCAAUCUAGUCUUUUAUACAGAAAUUCAUUGCCGGUGGCUCUAAGAUGCAGGAUAAUUACACCUCUCGUCUUGCCAGCUGUACCACAGCCUCAUGUCUUAGUGAAUAAAACAACCCUCUGUCUGUUACCAACACUGUGGCCAUCCAUCUGAGAGUCGUAACUCUGCCUGAGAGGGGAGGAUGGUACCAGGGAAUGGAAAAUGAAAGGCAGAGUAAAGAAAUAAUCAAGAUUGUUUAUGGACCACAUCUUUUACAGGAGGGUCAUGCUUGGUUAGAGAGCCUGUUGUAUAAUUAGUUUUGUCUUAGCUGCAGGAAAGGGGGACCAGAGUUACAAGAUCUGAUAUUUAGGGCCAAUGAGAUGACUAAGUAGAUAAAGAUGCUUGCCUCCAAGCCUGACAACCUGAGUUCAGUCCCCGGGUCCCACAUAAAAGAAAGAGAGAAUUGACUCCUGCAAAUUGUCCUCUGACCUCCGUACAUGCUGUGUGGCAUAUGUAUGCCCCCUCACAUAUAAUAAUAAAAAUGUAAUGAUAAAAGAAAAUAUGCCAGGCAUGGUAGCACAUUCCUUUAAUUCCAGCACUCAAGAGGCAGAGGCAGGCAGAUCUCUGUGAGUUCAAGGCCAGCCUGGUCUACAGAGUGAGUUCCAGGACAGCCAGGGCUAUUACACAAAGGAAACUUGCCUCAAAAAAGAAAAAAGAAAAAAGAAAAUAUGACAUGGGUAAUGGGUAUAGCAGGAUAGAAGGAAGCCUGAAGGAUGGAGAAUGAGUGACAAGUGGCAUAAGGUAGCUGUGAUAAUGUGGAACCUCAACCCUCACACUUUCUUCCAUAGAAGACCGAGGGAGACAACAGUCUUUGGUAUCUACAUCAUGGCUGGUGAGUUGGCAGCUUCCUGCAACCCUAGUGAGAACAGUACAUUAAACCAGGAAAAGCACAUUCCUGCCACUCCUGGUGCUCUUUGGGCAUCCUGAUCUCAUAGCAGACAGCACCAACUCAUAGUCAAGGGCACUCUCUCGUGGAGUGUUUGACAGUUUCUUAGUGCAACUUGGGAACCACUACCAGUUAGGGGGACUGGUGUUCAAGGAGGAGCCUGGUCCCUCACUCUGCCCUGGAUGGAUCUGUCCUGUUUCCUGCAGUUGGUGAUUUCAAGUGUUUCAUACUUGACUGAGGAUCCUAGAACAGUGCAGUGUGAGCGGUCUUUUUUUUUUUAAUUGCAUCAAAAGGAUUCCAACCUAGGACCUUACACAUGCUAUGCAAAGGCUCCUCCACUGAGAUGCAUCCCAGCUCCCAGCUCAUCAUUUUGUUAGAGGAAGAACCCAAGGCUCAAAGCAAAAAUGUGACAAUUCCAGUGCAGAAUGCAAGGCUUCCCGUGUGUGUGUGUGUUCUUCUCUUGUUCUUUCCACAUUGUGGGAGCUUGUUAAGGAGUGGGCUUUAAUGAAUUUUAGACGGUGGCCUAGGGGUGUACAUCAGUGGUAGAGUGCUUGCCUAGCACGGGCCAGGCCCUAGAUUUGAUCCUCAGUACUAGAAAAAAAUGAAGAGAGCAAUGUAAGUUUCUUUCCUCCUUGAUCUAGAUAGUCUUUAGGUCCCCACAGUUUAUUGUCUUUUUUUAACCUCGAUACAAGGAGGUCAGCAUAUGAAAUUGGACCAAAUGUUAAAUUCUACUGGGUGCUAGCGCUUGGUGGCCUUGAGUCAGGAGGUUGAGCUUUCUGAGACUGUCAGGGAGAAAAAAAAAAAAGAUCCAUAUAUUAUUGAAGCUGCUUUCCAUAGCAAGUAACAAAAUCCCACUUAGAGAGGCAUCAGUGAUAAGGAAGAUUACUCAUCCCUGAUAAUGUGAAGCCAAGGUUGGUUGAUGCAAUGGCCCAAUGUGGAGAAUAGAGGGCCUUUCCAUCUCUGUCCUCGAUUCUCUGUGUUGGUUUUUUUUCUCCAAGCUUGUUGCCCUCAUUAAAACCUGGCUGCAGCCACUCUGAACAUUAAUCCAGACAUGACAGUAUCUAUGGAUAGGAGAGGGAUCAUCUCCUUGUGUCCUUUGAAGAACAAGGAAAAUUCGAGCUUCCUCCUGAUGACUGCCUGACCCGCUUCCUAUCUCAUUGAUGCAGAACUGCCUCGUGCACUGUGUCUAGUUCAGUAGUGGAAAAGGAAAUGGUGCCUCAGUGGUGGGCUCAGACCAACCAAGAAACAGCCAUGGAGUUGGGGCUCCGGCUUAGC